GGUGGAAACGCCCACAACUGACGGUAUUUUGUUUUCGCGCCCUUAUUUUUCAUUUGGUUCACUAGGCGCGAAAGCUGGUUCACUACGCGCACCAAAACGCGCUCCUGUAAACAUUAGAACGCAAGGCCGUUCGACCAUUCACAGCGUCACACUCCCUAGCAUUCCAUAAAAAGAUGUUUCGUCUACAAAUGAGCGCGUCACCAGAAGAGCUGGCACCAAAGAUCUUCCUUGAACUUAAUAACAUUGAUUACACGUUGUCAUCUACAAAUUCCUCCAUUAGUGUUAGCGAGAUUUCCGAGACUAAAUCCGAACCCACUUUUCAAAAUCAAACCGACUCAGAAUCAGAGAACCUUCCGGAAGAUUCUUGGUUCGAAGGUAUCCUUUUGGUCACCGUUAUUGCAUGCUGUGCGUUUGUAAUCGGCUUACUUGUGGGAACCGCUGGUGUCGUGUUUUUUUGAGUUCAUUGUUUUGACUAUGUCCGAAAUACCAAUCGAAGUCGCGUCGUCCGUUGUGGCAUCACCGGAUACCACAAAAUCAUCUAUAAAUGAAGAGACAAUGAUCGAUGCCCUCGAACUAUGCAUUACGGGCAAGCGUAUUCCUUACAACAACACUGUUGAGUCUGAUGUUCACGAUGUCCUUGACCGUGCUACUGUUACUCCCACAUCCGAGAUUGAGAUGGAGGGUAUUGAUACCAACAUUAUUGCCAGCGAAGUUUGCCGUCGUAUUCUACUUCAUAAGUUAAGCGAUACACAAUGUGAAUUACUGAAGGCGGCUAUUACGGUAAGUGGUAGAAAUACGUUUACAAAAGAAGCCGUCGAUCAAGUAAUGGACGAGGUCAACAUGGAGAUACAGGACACCCCGAUUAGUAAAAAACGAAAACGCGAUGAUUCUUUCUUCGACACCAUGAAUUCUACAUGCAUCCUAAAGGAAGCUGCAAAACGUUUGCUUCAAGAUAAUGUCAAACCCGGUGACGGAGACGUCGUGUCUUAUGCAGUUGCAUUUUGGAACAACUUCUUCCGCCCCAGAUUGGUGUCACCUUUGCGCCGCGCGCUGCCAGCAGUCAAAGAAGAGUAAUCGUACAUAAUAAGAGGAACACAUAUAAAUUUAAAAACACA